CUCCCUAGGUUUGAGGACAGAUACGUCAGGUUGCUUCUUGCACUCUGGAUCACGAAGCUGCACGAGAGUGUUGGUGACUUAUAGGGACAAUCAAGAGAGGCAAAGGAAAUCUGCACAUCAUAGACUGAGAAAGUGUAAACCUCAUCCAAAGCACAGCAAAUACAGAGAACCAUGGCAUUUGCAGGGAUGCUGAGCGACGAGGGCAUCAAGGCUGCAGUCCAGGCUUGUCAAGCUCCAGGCACAUUCAACUUUAAGUCUUUCUUUGAGCAAGUGGGACUGAACGGCUCAUCUGAGGCAGAUGGAAGGAAAGUGUUCACAGUCCUGGACCAAGACAAGAGUGGAUACAUUGAAGAGGAGGAGCUCAAAUUGUUCCUCCAGAAUUUUUCUCCAGGGGCAAGGGAGCUGACUGUGACUGAGACAAAGACUCUGAUGGCAGCCGGAGAUAAGGAUGGAGACGGCAAGAUUGGGAUGGAAGAGUUCUGUGAUCUCCUGAAGUAAAACAAAUCAAACUAUGAAUUCCCCUAUUUUUUGAUUAAUUUCUUAUAAAAAGAAUGAAGUAAUAAAUAAACCUAACUUUCCAGAUUGUUUGAUUCAAUGACCAGAAACCUCAGAUAAUUUGUACCUGCCUGCUGCUCUCCCUGUUAAUGUGAUACAAUAUUGGUGGACAGAAAGAUAAAGAUGGAUACUAGUUGUAUGUGUUUAAUCGAUUGGGACCCUGGAAUGGAUUAAUAAAUGUAUUUAAAAUGUGA